UCCGCGCGCUGCUGCACCUCCUCACAGUACAUUCAACCACUUUACCAGGUGAUGACAGACACUCGCUCAAGACUAAAAAAAAUGAUAUGUUUUUAAGUAGGAAUCAACGUAGAAUGGAGACGCGCCUCGGUCACUGCCUUUUUAUCAUUUUCUCUGAGUGGAUUUGGAUCUUUACCCUAACUUCCAUCCUGGGCGGAACAAAAGCGGAGGUAAGGUGCAUUCCGUCUUGCCAGCUGCCGCUCAUUUCCGCAGCAUUUCCCCGGGAACUCUCGGCGCUGGAUUUGACAAAUUUUGGAGAGGCAACAGCUGAAGAGUUUCUUAGAUUUACCGAGGGGUCGGUCACCCCCCGAAACGAAAGGCACUACGAUGCAGAACUGACCGCGAGCGAAGAAAGUUCGUCCAAAGUACAGCCACGGUUUGGGGGAAAUAUCUCAAGUUCUCUGCAUAAAGGCGCCCCAAGCAGUAACCAGAAACUUUCCCAAUCUGAAGUGUCUUCAAGCGUGUCCUCCCCCUUUCUCAGCAAUGUAACCGAGAAUAACACAGACGAUGGGGGAAAUAAAAUUGGUGAUGUGACGGAAAACGAGGACAGGAAUGUGACCAGUUGGAGACGUAGUGCGAGGAGCACAGAGACUUGGUCCGGAUUCAGACCCGAGGGCGGGGAGGAUGCCUCGGUUUCGGACCAGGAGGAGUUUCACCUCACAAGUUCGACAUUUGCGCUCACCGAGGACACGGCUCAUAACCAGGCGAUGGUGCACUGGUCCGGACAAAACAGUAGCGUGAUUCUCAUGUUGACAAAAUACUACGACUUUAACUCUGGCAGAGUAACGGAGAGUUCUUUAUGGAGGUCAACUGAUUAUGGGACCACGUAUGAAAAGCUCAAUGAGAAAGUCGGGACAAAAACCAUACUGAGCUACUUGUAUGUCAGUCCAAACAACAAGAUGAAGAUCAUGUUACUGACCGACCCAGAAGUGGAGAGCAGCUUGCUCAUUAGCCUUGACGAGGGGGCGUCCUAUCAAAAAUACAGCUUAGCCUUUGAUAUCCUCAGCUUGCUUUUUCACCCCGAGCAGGAAGACUGGAUCCUGGCUUACAGCCAUGACCAAAAGCUCUAUGUCUCCGUUGAGUUUGGAAGAAGAUGGCAGCUUGUGCAUGACAAUGUCGUCCCCAACAGAUUCUACUGGUCCAGACUGGGCUUGGACAAAGAACAAGGAAUGAUUCAUCUGGAGAUCAGCGUCUCUGAUGGGCGAUCGCAGUACAUAACUUGUAAACUUCAGAAUUGCUCUGAUGGAAACAAGAGCAAACCUUUUCCUGGGUUUAUCAUCCCUGAUUCCCUUGUGGUUCAGGAUGAAUACGUUUUUAUCCAGGUGCCAGUAGGUGGCCAGUCUGUCCAUUAUGUGUCCUAUAAACGAAAUGCUUUCUACCCGAUGAAGCUUCCCAAGUACACUCUGCCAAAGGACUUACAGAUAAUCAGCACAGACGAUAACCAGGUGGUGGCAGCGAUUCAGGACUGGCACCAGAAUGAUUCCUACAACCUGUACAUGUCUGAGUCCAGAGGGCUAUUCUUCACCCUGAUGCUGGAGGACGUUGUGAGCAGUGGAGGUCCCGAGGGAAAUAUAAUGAUAGACCUCUAUGAGGUUGCCGGGAUUAAAGGGGUGUUCCUGUCAAAUAAAGUUGUCGAGAACCAAGUGAAAACUUAUAUCACAUACAACAAGGGGAGAGACUGGCGUCUUCUUCAGGCUCCAGCAACCGAUCUCCAAGGAAACAAGGUCUAUUGUGAACAACCAUACUGUUCGUUGCACCUGCACCUUCACGUAUCAGAGAAUCCUUACACCUCGGGAAACAUUGUCAGCAAAGACUCAGCUCCAGGAAUCAUAAUAGCAUCAGGCGUGGUUGGACCUGAGCUGACCAACGCUAAUGUCAGCAUCUUCAUCACAUCUGAUGCUGGGAACACCUGGAGAGAGGUUUUUCAGGAAGAGUACAGUGUGUUUUUCCUGAAUCAAGGAGGAUCUCUGGUGGCCAUCCGACACACACCUCUGCCAAUUAGACACAUAUGGCUGAGUUUUGAUGAGGGCAGGAACUGGGACAAAUAUAGCUUCACCUCCUCUCCGCUCUAUGUUGAUGGGGUGCUGGGGGAGCCUGGAGAGGACACCCUUAUAAUGACAAUAUUCGGUCACUUCAGUCAUCGAUCUGAGUGGCAACUUGUCAAGAUCGACUUCCGGUCCAUUUUCCAACAGCGGUGCACAUCUGACGACUAUCUGACGUGGCAAUUGCACAAUGAGGGUGAAGUGUGCAUCAUGGGAAUGAAGAGAAUCUUCCAAAAACUGAAAGCAAACGUUCGAUGUGUCAAGGCCAGAGAUCAGUAUAUUUCCCAGAUGUCAGAUUCCUGCCUGUGCACAGAGGCGGAUUUUGAGUGCGACUAUGGGUUCGAGAGGCAGAUCGAUGGCACCUGUGCUCCAGCUUUCUGGUUUGUUCAUUCAGCAACAUCUAGAGACUGCAUCGCAGGGGACAGCUUUCUCAACACCACAGGAUAUCACAGAGCUUUGUCUAACAACUGCACCGAGGGAAACCUGUUAAAGUACAGCCCCAGACGACAAAAGUGUCCCAGUCAGGCUCCCAAGGGCCUCCAGCUCUUCACCAAUGAGGGAACGCUGGUAGCAACUUUGGGAAAGAAUGUCACCUUCUUGGUGUUUCUGGAAGAGGGUCUUGGCUCCAUGACAAGUAUAACAGUGGACUUUGGUGAUGGAACCGCUAUAUCCUAUGUGAAUAUAAGCUCCAUCGACGACGGGGUCAAGCAUAUCUACAGUAAAGUUGGCAUCUACCAAGUUUCUGCUACAGCAAACAACGCUCUGGGCUUUGAAAGGAUCAUGCUCUACCUCCAUGUCUCCUGUCAACUCGAGCAGGUCCAGCUUUCUGCUCCGUCAGUGGUCAUCAAGAACAAAGCAGUAAACCUUACCACAGUGCUACAGCCCAGUGAUGUGGGAACAGUCACUUAUUACUGGUGGUUUGAUAACAAAACGGAGCCUGUUGUGACCCUCAGUGGCGCAAUGCCCUUCACUUUCUCCAAGGAGGGAACUCACACUGUUACUGUUCAGGCUUCAGUGGGCAACACUGUCCAUCAAGAUCAAAAGAGGGUAUCAGUUUAUGAUUAUUUCCGCUCACACGUGUUGGCAUUUUCAUCUAAUUUGGAUGAGCUGAACCCCGGGGUGUCUGAGUGGAGAGAGGACAUCGCCAGAGUUGUGAAAAACUGCAUGGUUCAGGUCACUGGAAUCAGUGAGGAUCAGCUCCUGGUCACAGUGCUUCCAGGGCUACCAACUACAGCAGAGAUUUUCAUUGUACCUGAGAAGAGGCCAAGUGACAGAGCCAUGGAUGAAAAGUGGGCACACCUGGAUCAGCUUUCUCAGGUUCUGCUAAGUGCUCUGAACCAAGACCUCAUCCAGUUCACACUCAAACCGGGGGUGCAGGUAAACGUGUACGCCACACGGCUGUCUCCAGCUCCUCUCGUGGACAGCAGUGAUAGUGGCCACAGCGGCACGGCGGUCAUCAUGCUGGUGUCAGUUGUCCUGAUGGGCCUGGCUGCCUUUGUUAUAUAUAAAUUUAAAAGGAAGGUCCCAGGCAUGAACACAUACACGGCAGAGCAGCCUGACAAAGAACAAGAGGUCAUCCCGUCAGUGACCUCCAUAGCCGUCCCAAACCCUGAGGGGGACAAGCUGACCGCACUGGAUCACGUGGAUGUACAGCUGGACUCAAAAAGCAGAGGCUACCUGCCAUCUCACACAGACAUCAAGCUCUCUGAUGAAGCACCCCAUGUGUUUUAAUGUUGAGAGUCUAUGACCGACUCGAAAGCAAUACAUCUUCUUUGGCAGUUACUUCCAGCAAGCUAUGAAACCACGGUCACAAUGAAUGGUCUCGAGUGUUUUGCUACCCAUGCAUGGAUGGACCAGUUCACACUGUGCUGCCUAAUCCCUCUGAGGAGACUGUACAGAUUUAUACUUGCUUCUUGAAAAGGAACACUUUUUGACUGAAAUACUUGUAUUUUUGCAAGGACACUGAUCUUUUUAUGUAAAUAAUGUACAUCCAUAAUGGAAGAAGUCUCAGCUGGUUACAGCUGCGCCUGCCCAAAUAUGAAAAUAUCAAAUGGGAGUGAUGUGUAAUCAUAUCUCAAAAUAUUCUACCGUUUCUGUUUUUGGACUUGUGUUUGUGGAGUUUACUUUAUUUAACUAUGUGGAAAUAGCUUAUCUGAGUAAGACAGUGAGGGAAGCAGAUUCAUUAAGCUCUGUACAAUCAGUAAAUCUUAUCAGGAGAUUCUCAUCAAAUGAAAGCUUGCAAUAUCCAGGAGAUGAAGGAGAGCUCCUAGUCCCAGAUCUGUGUAUUCCAUCAAGCCUGCCUCUGUGCCGCUCAAAAUGUUAUAAUAUGUGUCAUAACAAAAAUAAGAACAGAAGAUUACAGUAGAUGGGUAUGCACAGCAGAUGAACAUCCGAGCAAUCCCUCUUGUCUAGUAGACUCAAAUAAGUCAUUUUGGUGACAAUGAAGGCAGCGGAAUGAAUGCUAACGUCAUAAAUGUUACCCUGCUUUAACGCGAACAACACAUUAGUGCUCUAAAUCAUUGUUUUGGGCUAUUAUUGCAACGGUAGUCUUAUAUUUGAUUGUCAUACGGUCAACUUUAACUAUUGCACAAAACAGUGACUUUUACACUUUGUAUUUAUUCAUUGCCAGAAGCAUUUCUGGUGUAUUCGGGUUUCUAUACAGAGAACAAAAUGUAAAUUUUCAGAAUAAUAACACUGCAGCAGACACUCACUGUAAUGCAGUAAAAAAGCGCUAAAUUUACACUUUAGUUAUUAGAUCAAGGUUUAUUUUCAGUUUGUCGCCUCCUUGACACAAUUAUUACUUACUUUUCAUAUUUUCUUUGAACUGCUGGUACUGUGAAGGAUGUGGUGCCUUUUUAUAGGAAAAGAGUGAAACUGUGGAUUUUUGGAUUAUUGUAAUUCACUUUUUAUUUACUCUGGACUGUUUAUGAUAUUAAGAUGAUACCGACAUCUACACAUAGCAUUUCCUCGGUUUACUGCAAUGCACGGGAGCCUGCAGUCUGUUUAAGGUUUACCCCCAAGGACUCGGCGGACAAAAGCCUGCAGAUUUGUUCAUCUCGUUCGCUGCAAGGGACACAGAGAUAGAGAAGACAUAUCUCCUGUCAACAAGGCUCAGCCUACGCACACUGCUUUGGUCAGCUGCUGUCUCUUUGGGAUAAGUACUAAAGUUCUUCUUCAUCAAACUUUUCUUUUUAAGUGUUGUCAGCAUCAUAUGUCAGUAAGACAAAUUGACUAGAGGCUUCUCCAUACUUCUUCCCUCCAAUCCUCCAAUUGAGCCUGAAGCAUAAAUAAACUCGUCUUCAGACAAACUCUCAUCUCUCCACAUGGUCAUCUGAAGAUUUUUUUUUUCUUUGUGCUUGUUAUUUAUUUAACAACUAUUUUUUGUUAAGUCCGAAUAAUUAACCUGUGAAUACGAUUGUGAACAUAUUUGCAUGACCUUUUUUUUCUAUUUCAAGCUACCUAAAUAUGUCUUAGGUAAAAAAAAAAAGAAAAGAAAUGUUAACAAUGUGAACUGGAAAAUGUUAUGUUUCUCAACGGGCUAGACUAAUCAUUCAUUAUAAGUGAUGUGAUUAUUCAGUGGGUUGUUACUGUGUUUUUCAUUUGAUCUUGCAGAAGUAACCAUAAUUACACAAAUAAUAAAGAAGAAA